AUGGUAGUAACUGAAUCUAGCGUCGAAACUAUUUCUGUGCUCAACACACCCGAUGUGAUCCAUAUUGGCUUUGAUCUUCUGGACCAUAUUGCGCAAGACCUCACCACCUCGAUUCAGCAAGUCUUUUCUACACUGCUCACUCGCAUCUUACCUGCUGGUGAAACAUCCAAAUGUCGGGCUGCCAAGGCGUCGAUUGAAGACUAUCUUCUCCGUUCGGCAUGCACACGAGAUACCUGUUUGAUUGCGCUAGGAGGUGGUGUGAUAGGUGACUUGGUCGGCUAUGUUGCUUCCACCUUUAUGCGUGGCGUUCCUUUUGUUCAGAUCCCUACGACGCUGCUGGCCAUGGUAGACUCUAGUAUUGGCGGUAAAACUGCCAUUGAUACGACGUAUGGAAAGAAUUUGGUGGGGACGUUUUGGCAACCUCUGCGUAUCUAUAUCAGUCUGUCCAUGUUGCAGACUUUACCUAAGCGUGAACUGGCCAAUGGUAUGGCUGAAGUGAUCAAGACGGCUGCCAUUUCAAGUUUGGAUGAGUUUGUAAAGCUCGAAAAUGGCAAAGAAAGAAUAGAGUCAGCUUUAAAAAACCUUGACAGUGAUUCCGCAACAAUGAACGAAUUGUGCGCUGAUCGAGAAUUUUUGAAAAGCGUCAUCGGCGCUUCUGCACGAUUCAAAGCAGACGUCGUGACCCGAGAUGAAAGAGAGGGAGGGUUGCGCGGCUUGCUGAAUUAUGGGCACUCUUUCGGGCAUGCUUAUGAAGCCAUCUUGUAUCCUGAAUGGUUACAUGGUGAAUGUGUUUCUUUGGGGCUUUUACAUGAAACCGAGUUAUCUUGUGCGCUCGGUCACUGUUCUCCUGAGGUGAUUCCACGGCUCAGAAGCUGUCUUGAGCUCUAUGGCUUACCCGUCGACAUCACUGCCUCUGCUAAAGAAAAGCUAACGGUCGAAGCGGUGAUGGAACGAAUGAGGGUCGAUAAGAAAAACAAGGGCUCGCAAAAACGCAUCGUAUUACUGAGCUCUAUCGGCCACCCAUGGGAGCAGAAAGCCUCUGAUGUGCAGGAUGCUGACAUCGAAAAGGUAUUGCAUCGGUAUAUCUCUUCCCAAACGGUGAGUCAACAAAGCGCAGAAGAGAACAACAGCAACAGACCGUUACCAGCAAGCCUGUUUUUUGUGGCAGCAAACACAAGUAUUUACAGAUGCCUAAAGACGCUCGCAAAGCAACUACAAAGUAGGUAUACUUUUGAGGUAGCUGCCCAACAAGAACAUAUCGAAUGCGUCAGUGCCAACAGUCAAGCAGCACCUGUCAAGAUCUACUUUACCGAGAUAGCCGGCUCGAUGCAGUCGCCGUCGGACGAGAGCGCAAGGUGGUAUGAAUGCGUUGUUUUGGAGAAAGAAGAGGAACCAUUCGCAGCCCAAGCUUUGCAGUUAAUCAACAGCAUUUUGCAACCACGUCAUAUUCAACCUGCUGCGAAAGGGAAGCAGACUUGCUUCCUCAGCCUUACUUUGUCCGAUUAUCAAACGACGUUGCCGAACCUACUCAGCCAAUGGGUAGAGGGAGCAGAUGCGGUGGAGUACAGAGUAGACCAGUUAGCCAUGACAGACACUGCUCAAGAUACAAACGCUUGGAUUGAAGAAGCUGGAAAACAACUUGCCUAUUUGCGCCGUAUGACAUCGCUCCCUAUUAUUUACACUGUACGGACAACUCCUCAAGCGGGCAAAUUUGACCCUGCGCAAAUAGACACCUAUUUGCAUCUUUUGCAAUGGGGCCAUCGCUGGGGUUGCGAAUACGUGGAUUUAGAGUUAACAACGCUACCUCACAAUCAGUUGGAGCUUGUCAUGCAGCUCAACCGCGACGUUUACCACAACACCAAGAUAAUUGCGUCCUUUCAUGAUCCCAACGGCGACUAUGCCUGGUCUCCUGCUUGUACUUCCAUGAUGAACUCGAUGUUUUCCAAGGCGAAACGACUGUUUCAGGCCUAUGACCAUGCUGGCGUUAUUAAACUGGUGGGCAUGGCAACCUCCUUUUGGAGCAACGUCGAUCUAGAACAGUUUAGAAAAAUGGUAGAUCCUAAAGCCGAUCAAGAAGUCAUUCUCAUUAAUAUGGGCCCCUUGGGCAAGUUUUCGAGAGUGGCCAAUGCAUUUUUGAGUCCUGCAACUCAUCCAGCUUUGCCCUCCGUGGCAGCUGCAGGACAGUUAUCCAUCUUUGACAUGGAUUGUAUUCGCAAUGAAUUGAAUAUGAACAACUAG